CGCGCCGUAUACAAAAUGUCGGGAGGAGCGAAAAGAUAUUUUAGAAGUGGAGCAAGGGAUACAAUCGACCAUCCUUCCUGCUCAGACUGUGGGGAGGAAUUCACUUGGUUAUUUGCCCAAAUAGCAAACCUGUCAUUUUACACAGGAGAAAGGACAUUCACCUGCUCAGACAGUGGGAAUGGAUUCACUCAGUCAUCUCAACUGAAGGUACAUCAGCAAGUUCACACUGGACAAGGCCAUUUUCCUGUUUUGUGUGUAAUAAAGAAUUCAGUUGGUUUUCCCACCUGUGGACACACCAGUCAGUUCACACCACACCGAGCAGAUGUUGUUCAUCUGCUGAAUUUAUGGGAAAGUAUUCACUCGGUCAUCUGA